GAUUGGUUAUCAAGUAAACAGGUUGCUUAUUCGGAACGUUCAUAUUAUCAGUUGUUUUGAGUGAACAGGAAGUUAGAGGAAAUAAAGUAUAUAAAAUUGUUAAAUUGUUGUGUUUGAUAAUUUAACUUCAAAGGAAUAGUUUAAACGGUAAUGUCAGAAAAAGAAGAAGCGACAAACGAAAAAGAGGUGCAUGCAGAAGUUGCGAGUGAAGACGUGUUACUACAAGAUGUGUCACGAGAUAAAGUGGUUGUAACACAACCAAAAUUGAACAUCGUUAAACCUAAGAAGCGUAAGAAACGAUUUCACUUCACCAGAGUGCAGGCAGAAAUAGUCGCCUGGAUUUCCAUUUGUUGCUGUUGUUGGCCUCUUGGAGCUUAUGCUCUGUUGUGUGCAUGCCAGGCAAAGGUUGCCGAUGAUGAUGAAGAAUAUGAAAAGAGGUUAGUUUGGUCCACAUGGCUGGGAAUUGCAGGUCUAAUAUUUAAUAUUGUCGUAUGGCCUGGAGUAAUUUUGUUAGCGCUCUACACUUGAUAUUGCAGAUGGUUUUGAUGAAAAUAAAGCAGUUAGUCAGUGUUUUUCUGAGCAUCGAAACUCCAAUUAUAUUUGUUCAGACCUAUGUGCCAUCUUUAACAUCAUUGUUCAUCAUUGCUUUAUGUUUGAUUUUCAAAAACUUUUAUCUCGUUGUAGAAUACCACUGCCAUUUUCAGUUUUGUUUUCUUUUGUUUAUACCAUACAAAAUGUAUUUGCAUUCAAUUUCAGUGUUCAUAUCAAUAACAAUGAUACCAUCGCAAGUCUAAAGUUGUAUGCUUUUUCAAUAUAAAUUUCGAAAUUGAACCCCACCUAAAUUGUAUAACAAUAAAUUUACAAUUGCUCUAUUGAAAUUACACUUGUUAUGAUCUUGUUCAGUGUAUCUGUAAAUUUUGUUAUCUAAAUAAAAUAGAAAUUGGCUGAGAUUUUUUUAACCUGCAUGUCUGAAUUAUCUUGAAGUCAGAAAAUUAUUUUAAACAAUAUCAUUUAAUUGACAAAUGUUGAAUUCAUUUUAUUCAUUAGUAUAUAUAUUGAUACCUGUGUAUAUCACUCUUGUCUUGGAGUAACUACAUAAACUACUCAUGUAUUUUGUAUAGUUUCUACAAACAUUGUAAAUGUUUAAUGCAAAUAAAGAACUGAUUUGAAUAGUA